GGACCAACAGCCAAAGGUGCUGAUGGGAAUAUGCAAACAGAAGAAACUGCUCUCUUGAACCAUUUUGCUCAGCAACCUCCAGAGCUAACAGCAGAGUCUUCAAUACCAGCAAGAACAUGGAGGCAAAUAUUCACUUGUCCUCCUCAGGGUUUACUGGCCCAAACAGUGACAAAUGUUGCAGUCAUGCUCCUUGUUUGGGCUGUGGUUUGGUCCAUAACUGGGUCGGAGUGUCUCCCAGGUGGAAAUCUGUUUGGAAUUCUGUUUCUUUAUUUUUUUGCUGUCAUUGGAGGUAAAAUUUUUGGAUUCAUUAAAAUAGGAGCACUACCCCCUCUCCCUGCUCUUCUGGGGAUGCUACUUGCUGGUUUCCUAAUCCGAAAUACUCCAUUCAUUAGUGAUUUUGUCCAGAUAAACCUACACUGGUCUGCAGCACUGAGGAAUAUUGCUCUUUCAAUUAUCUUGACCCGAGCAGGACUCGGCCUGGAUCCAAAGGCUCUUAAGAAGCUGAGAGCAGUCUGUGUACGCCUUGCUGCUGGACCAUGCCUCUCAGAGACAUGCACAGCUGCUGUUCUUGCCUACUUGUUCAUGCAUUUGCCAUGGCAAUGGGGAUUUAUUUUAGGUUUCGUUCUAGGCGCAGUCUCCCCUGCUGUGGUGGUUCCCUCAAUGCUGAUUUUACAGGCUGGAGGAUAUGGAGUGGAGAAAGGCAUCCCAACUUUGCUAAUGGCAGCUGGCAGCAUUGAUGACAUCCUGGCUAUCACAGGCUUCAACACUUGCCUUGGGAUGGCUUUCUCCUCUGGUUCUACUCUGUACAAUGUGCUCCGUGGAGUGCUGGAGGUUGCUGUUGGCAUAGCAGCUGGGGGAAUUCUGGGAGUGUUUAUUCGCUAUUUCCCAAGCCACGAUCUGGCAUCUCUGGCAUGGAAGAGAUCAGGUUUUGUCCUUGGACUGUCCAUGUUUGCUGUUUUUGGCAGCAAGUUCUUUGGCUUCCCUGGAUCAGGAGGACUCUGCACAUUGGUCUUAGCUUUUGUUGCAGGUGUGGGGUGGUCUGAUGAAAAGAAAGAAGUAGAAAAAAUUGUGGCAGUUGCAUGGAAUAUCUUUCAACCUUUUCUUUUCGGUUUAAUUGGAGCAGAAGUAUCUGUUACAUCUCUUAGGCCUGAAACUGUUGGGCUCUGUGUUGCUAUAUUAGGCAUUGCCCUAGUUGUACGAAUUGUAGCAACAUUCCUGAUGGUGUCUUUUGCUGGGUUUAAUUUCAAGGAGAAAGUAUUUGUCUCACUGGCAUGGAUUCCCAAAGCCACUGUCCAGGCUGCAAUAGGUUCUCUUGCCCUGGAUACAGCAAGAAGUCAUCAGGACAAGCAACUGGAAAAGUAUGGAAUGGAUGUACUGACAGUAGCUUUCUUGGCUAUCUUGAUCACUGCUCCAAUUGGAGCCCUGAUUAUUGGCUUGGCAGGGCCCAGACUAUUGCAGAAGGCUCAGACAAAUAGCAAGGAUGAGGAAGGUGCUGAGGCCAGAGAAGCAGCAGAGGCUUGUGAACCUUCUUAAAACAGACAUCUACAGGAACAUGGUCCUUCAGCCCUUACACUUGUUGAGUAAACAUGGCAUGUCUCUAGUCCUGCUGGAGGAAACUAAAACAAGUAUCAGUUACAUCUGUUAUUUUUAAAGAAGCCCUGGUGGAGUUCUAAAAAAUACUUUUAUGUGUUGAUGG